GGCGUAUUCGCCUUGGAGUUUUGUCAGCACCCCACAUCCUUUGCGGAGCGUGCGAAGACACUUGAGUUCUGCGCAUGGCGAACCAGCUGACGAGUUGCAGCUUCACGACUUUCUGACUAUCAAAGCCCCUCCCAUUUUCUUGGUGGGAGUGCUGCUUCCUUUUUGCAUGCGAACUUUUGGGUUGGAGCCACAAGCACGUUGUGCCCUCAUAAUGGUCGGAGUGCUGACCUUGAGUCUUUUCGAGGUGCUACCGCUCUUCUGCGUCGCGCUUUUCAUUCCAGUCCUUGGCAGCAUUUCUGCUGUAUUUGGAGACACGCGGACGCUGAUGACAACCUCAACAAUUCUUCUGGGUAGCUUCUUCAAUCAGACUUCUUUCCUCGUACUGGGUAGUUUGGUGAUCAAUGCUAUCUUUUCAAAGUGUGGCAUUUUGGACCUGCUGAUGUCUAUACUAUUGAGACGCUGGAAGCUGGAGAGCAAGAGUUUCCUGUUAGUCAUCAUGCUGUGCGCAAUGACAGCCUGCUCAGUGCUUUGCUCGGGGUUGAUUGUGGUGCUGGCAGCGCUAAAACCGCUCAUGCGUCAAGGUCUUGAAGAAACUGCCAUCAAGCGGCUUCUAUUGGGUGUUGCAUUUUCCGCCAAUGCAGGGUCCAUACUCUUGCCGAUCUCAAGCACUACCACCCUCAUCACGCUGAGCUUGUUGCGCGACUUUGACCACAAGCUUUCCCUCGUCAGCUGGAUUUUCGUGUCGGGGCCCGUGGCCUUGUUUGGAACGGUGCUCUGCUGGUGGAUUUUGGUGAAGCUUUUCCCAGCAGAAGGGGAUGCUAACGAAGAGGUCUACCGAACCGUGGAGGAAGGCCUUGAGGAGACCGACAGGCCGCAGCUCAUGAGACAAUGGAGUCUGUCGAAUGCACCUAAGCUUGUGAUGACAGAUGGCCACUGGUUUAUGCUGAUGGUCACCUGUGUCGCGGUGCUCGGCAUGACUGUUUUCGCGGAGGCCCUGGAGCCAGUGGUGGGACAUCCAGCAAUCUUGGCACUUGCAGUGGUGGUUGUUGCCUUUGGCAGUGGUUUCAUGUCACGCGAUGAGUACUUGACCCUUGAGUGGGAUUUGUUGGCGAUCGUUGGUGGCACCAAUGUAAUGGCUGUUAUGAUACGAGAAACAGCACUGGCUGCCAACGCGUCAGUGCUACUGACCCAGGGUAUCUUUGAUUUCUUGGCAUUUUGGCCUUUCCUCAUUCUGGUUGUUUGUCUUCUAUUGAUCUUUGGUACCUUUUGUGGGCACUCCUUGACAGCUGUGCUGGUCUUACCUUUACUAGUGCCCUUGGGUGUGAAGUUGGAGGAGGCGGAGUCUUUUGCUUUACUUUGUUGCAUUGCUAUCCCCUUUGGAAUGGGGAUGCCGAGUGCGUCCUUUGAUAACAUGGCCGCACAGAUGUUUUCUCAGAAUCUGAAGCGAAAACGUUGCGAGCUUUCAGUGCGAGACUUUUUUCACAGUGGUGGGCUUAUGGCCCUUACGGGAGGAUUUUUGACUGUGACGUUGGGCUUCGGCGUGAGCUCUUUGCAACAUGGGCUGCCAAAAGUGCCCACUGAUGUGCUCCAGAGGCGAACACCAGCAGAGUUGGAGCCCAAAGUGGUGAAGGAGAAUCGAGUUUUAGAUGGUAAGCAGAAGCGGCCGUUCCUGAAAAUGCUGGGGCAGCUACACGCCUUCGGUACAAACCGGACAAGACCCAGGAAGAGCUAA